CCACAACCGCCGGACGCGAGCCAGGCCAAAGCCUGAAACCAGAAACUCAGUCCUGGUCUCAUAGGGAGAGCUCCUGAGAUACAGCAGUCUGCUGGAUCACUCUCCACAUGCCUGCAACUGCCAGAACGGGACCAGGCUGAAGUCAAGAGCCAGGAACCAGGAAUUCAUUUAGGGACUCAAGUACUUGAACCAUCAUCUGCUAUCUUGCAGGAUAGGCAUGAAGCCUCGUCUCACAGCUGCAUGUGUAGUCACUCUUGAAGCAAAUGCCUACCUAAUUUGACAGUCUUGGUGUGCUUAGACAUUUUUGAGUUUGAAAAUAAGUGUAUUAAAUCUACCAAUGGAGCCUUCAGGCAGUGAACAGUUGUAUGAGGACCCUGAUCCUGGAGGCAGAUCCCAAGAUGCAGAGGCCAGAAAGCAGACAGAAUCAGAACAGAAGUUAUCUAAAAUGACCCACAAUGCUUUGGAGAACAUUAAUGUGAUUGGCCAAGGCUUGAAGCAUCUCUUCCAGCACCAGCGCAGGAGGUCAUCAGUGUCUCCACACGAUGUGCAACAAAUUCAGGCAGAUCCAGAACCUGAAAUGGAUCUGGAAAGCCAGAACGCAUGUGCUGAGAUUGAUGGUGUCCCCACCCACCCCACAGCUCUGAAUCGUGUUCUGCAGCAGAUCCGAGUGCCACCCAAGAUGAAGAGAGGGACAAGCUUGCAUAGUAGGCGGGGCAAGCCAGAGGCCCCAAAGGGAAGUCCCCAGAUCAACAGGAAAUCUGGCCAGGAGGUUGCAGCUGUUAUGCAGACAGGCCGACCCAGGUCUUCAUCCACAACUGAUGCUCCUACCAGUUCUGCGAUGAUGGAAAUAGCUUGUGCUGCUGCUGCGUGUCUGCCAGGAGAGGAGGCAGCUACAGAGCGGAUUGAGCGGUUGGAAGUAAGCAGCCUUGCCCAGACUUCGAGUGCGGUGGCCUCCAGCACUGAUGGCAGCAUCCAUACAGACUCUGUGGAUGGAAUCCCAGACCCUCAGCGCACAAAGGCUGCCAUUGCUCACCUGCAGCAGAAGAUCCUGAAGCUCACAGAACAGAUCAAGAUUGCCCAGACGGCCCGAGACGACAACGUCGCAGAGUACUUGAAGCUUGCCAACAGCGCAGACAAGCAGCAGGCUGCCCGCAUCAAGCAGGUCUUUGAGAAGAAGAACCAGAAGUCUGCCCAAACCAUCCUGCAGCUGCAGAAGAAGCUUGAGCACUAUCACAGGAAGCUCCGCGAGGUAGAGCAGAAUGGGAUCCCCCGGCAGCCAAAGGAUGUCUUCAGGGACAUGCACCAGGGCCUGAAGGAUGUGGGAGCCAAGGUGACUGGCUUCAGUGAAGGUGUGGUAGACAGUGUCAAAGGCGGCUUUUCCAGCUUCUCCCAGGCCACCCAUUCAGCAGCAGGGGCUGUGGUCUCAAAGCCCAGAGAGAUUGCCUCGCUGAUUCGGAACAAAUUUGGCAGUGCAGACAAUAUCCCUAACCUGAAGGACUCUUUGGAGGAAGGGCAAGUGGAUGAUGGAAAGGCUUUGGGGGUGAUUUCAAACUUUCAGUCAAGCCCAAAAUAUGGUAGUGAAGAAGAUUGUUCUAGUGCCACUUCAGGCUCAGUGGGAGCCAACAGCACCACUGGGGGCAUCGGUGUAGGAGCAUCGAGCUCCAAAACUAAUACCCUGGACAUGCAGAGCUCAGGAUUUGAUGCACUGCUACAUGAGAUCCAGGAGAUCCGGGAGACCCAGGCCAGACUAGAGGAAUCCUUUGAGACCCUCAAAGAACAUUAUCAGAGGGACUAUUCCUUAAUAAUGCAGACCUUACAGGAGGAGCGAUAUAGAUGUGAACGAUUAGAAGAACAAUUAAAUGACCUAACGGAGCUCCACCAGAACGAAAUUCUGAACUUGAAACAAGAAUUGGCCAGCAUGGAAGAGAAAAUCGCAUAUCAGUCCUAUGAACGGGCCCGGGACAUUCAGGAGGCCCUGGAGGCGUGCCAGACCCGCAUCUCCAAGAUGGAGCUGCAGCAGCAGCAGCAGCAGGUGGUGCAGCUGGAAGGGCUGGAGAACGCCACUGCCCGGAACCUGCUGGGCAAGCUCAUCAACAUCCUCCUGGCGGUCAUGGCGGUCCUCCUGGUCUUCGUCUCCACCGUAGCCAACUGCGUGGUCCCGCUCAUGAAGACUCGCAACAGGACGUUCAGCACUUUACUCCUGGUGGUGUUCAUGGCCUUUCUCUGGAAGCACUGGGACGCCCUCUCGAGCUACGUGGAGCGCUUCUUCUCGUCCCCCAGAUGACGCUGGCGCCAGGCCGUGCCCCCUCCCCGCGAGUGCAUGCAGUGGGGUCACACAGCAGCGUACCUGCUCGGAAGUUUUCUACAACAAGAGUUGAGUGAAUCUGUUUACAUUUACAAUAAUGUUUUUUUUUCUUCAAGAGACGCAAUUGCAAUAGUAUUUUUUAGAUUUUAUCCAAGAAGUUUUUUGGGCAAAAAUCUUGGAUCAUUUUUAUGUAGCAUGAUUUUCCUUGGGAUGCAAAUCUUCAACAGUCCUUUCACAUGAACCCACAGUCGGGAGCACACUGAAGGGCAUUCUCAAUUGUGGCUUGAAGGACUGCACUAAAACCCACUACCAAGAUGUGAGAACCUGACUAGGGCAGAGCAGUUCACCCGAACACCCCCGUUGCCUGGGCUCACCGCCUCCUCCCAUCCCAAACUAACUGUGCUGUGAAAUCCUACCACAUUCCAUGGCUGAAUGUUUGGAUUCAGGGUGGAUGUUCCUUGUCCGUGGAAGAACACAUGGAUCUCCCUGGCUUUCUCACCCAACUUGACGACUCACGUUCAUCCUGGAAGUAUGAUCCCUUUUGAACCUGUCCCCUUAACCUUUGCUAGGAUACGAAACUGAGAGCACGUGCCCCCAGGAUCACUGCGCAGGCCCACUGGAGUACUUCGAAGUAGCCCUCUGAAUCCCUGAUUUUAAGCAAAAUCCCUUGGCCGCACUUUUAAGUUUUUUUUAUAUGUGUAUAGUUACCACCUUAAAAAUAAAAAAUCCGAACAGCAUACUUGAAGAAUGUAAUACUCAAACUCUCAGUGCUUCCUUAUGGUUUCUAAUAGGAUUUUUUAUUGUUAUUAUUAUUGGGUUUUUUUGGAAAGGGUUGGGAGGGUGUUUUAUUUUUCCUUCGAAAUAAAGAAGUGAUGUUUUUAAAUGAAGAAAUGUGUGGAUAUUUAAGUGUGCUGCUCCCUCUUGUCUUGAGACAGUCUGAGUAAGGAAGACUCGCUGUGACCCUGCCCUCCCCUCCUCUCCAGACACACGCAGCCUUCCUCCCGCUGCCCCUGCUGGCCACCCCCAGGGCCACCUCACAGGCGCGGGAGUGCAGCAGGAGGGAGGCCAUGGCCACAAGCCAGUGCGCUAGGGCAGGGAUUUAUUUAUUUUUUGGUCCCAAGAAAAUGUCGACCCCAUGACUUUGGGCUGGGUUUGUAUUUAUGGAGACUGUGUUAUCAGGGUCAUAAAUAUUCCUUAUGUUUCCUUAAUUUAUUUCUUAACACUCCCUAGUGAACUGAAACCAAAGUGACAUGGAGUCUUCUAUCUGCAUUUUGGCCCCAGCACCCUUAAUUUCAAAGCUUUAUUCUGUCUGCCUCAGAGGAUCACAUGGAGCUGAUUCCCCCAUAGAGCAGAGAGACAACGUCAGGUUAGAAAGGAACCACGGUUUGGGUGUAGAAUGUUGCCAGCUUCCUACUAAUCUAGACUGACGUAUUCAACUAGCUGUGCUCAGUGGACUUCUACAGACGGUUUAGACACACAGACGGAGCCUUCUUCCCCACCCUUCAUCCUGUCUCAUCCUCCUGGUGAUGCCUGUCCAGAGUGCUUGUUUCACCUUUCCAUACUGUCUCUAGUACUGAGCGAGCAGCGCUGCCCCAUUCCGUGCACCCAAGUGAUGAGCAGGCUGCCCACCCGUCACUCGCCUGAGGGAAGGAGGCAUAGCAGGCUUUGCCCAUCCCCUCCCUCCAGUGGUACCCAAUUCCGGAACCAGAUUAGCAUUGCUCUGUCGGAAAGAAUGGUUUAUCCUACAGCUCCAGCCUCCCUUUCAUUUGGCAAGCUGGCAUUCUCAGAGUUGGCACGUUGUUGCCAUACCCACUCAGGUAGCCCAGCGUCACCCUACCCGUCCAUGACCAGUCACCUGAAAAUAUUUUCAUUUGUAAAAAUAAACGAGUUCACAUUCAUGCCAAAAACAAAUUGCUCCCAAACUUCUGUAAACUCAGAAUGCUAACUUUACCUAAAAGUGUUGCACUGACCUUAGGCAGGAGUACCAGUGGGCACUAUGACCUUGUCCAACUAGCACAGUUUGCCCUAACUUCUGUAAGAGCUCCGUAUUUUGGAGAAGAGGAGAGCACCCCGUGGAGCUGUUGAUCACAGGCUGUAGCUGCAGCCCCAGCAGUUCCUUUAAGGGGAAAAGCUGGAGUUCAGUGGGCACAAGAAGUCGCCAUGGUGCAGGGGUUGACCUCACUCCCAUCUGCCGUGGGACGCUUUCUAUCAAAGCAAGGUUGCCACCUCUGCUGAGCCCCACCCCCACCCCGAGCUCCAGCCAACAGGCCAGGCCCCUGGCAACUCCCAUCUUCCUUUGUCACCCUGCCCCAGGAAGGACUCUCAGGCCAGGCCAGGCCAGGCACAGCGGCGGCUUUCUUGCUGUCUCACCCCCUCUGCGGGGCCCCAGGCACCACAGUUGUCUGCAUUUAGCGCCCUUCACAACCGCACACCUAUUUCCAGCCUUCCCAUCCAUCCUGCUGCCCUGUGGCCUUGGAGUUUCUUUGCCUUGCGCCUGUUCUUGGUCUCUUGUCUGUUCCACGCUCUCCCGCAACCUCUCUCCAGCAGUGUAACCACCAUUCUGGCUGCAAACUUCCUCUUUAACAGAAAGCAGUCACCUGAGCUCCCUUUGAAAGGAAGCACUCCUGGGUCCCUUGUCUGUGCUGGGGCCUGCUCUGGGCAACUCCAGGUGAGGGAGUAACCGUCCCUUUGCCCUGUCAUCAUCCCAGGGCCCUUCCAUCAGCUCAGCACAUCCUAGCCAGGAGGGCUUUCUGUGGCUCAAGUGGCACAGUGAAGUUUAAUCGUAUACCUCCCUGGCCGGGUCCUUCUCUCUCCCCAUUCCAACCGGGGCACACACCUUAACGCCAAGACACACACUGAGCUCACGCCUUCCUUGCUAGCUGUGUCAUACGGAGCAGGUUUUCACAUUUUCAAUUGUUUCUCAUUUCGUGUUCCUGUGAGGUACAGUCAGAUAAAACGCAGAAUCCCGAGUGAGUUCCAGUGAGCAGAGGCCUUUCGGCUUUGGAAAACGCACAUCUAAACCCAAACCUAGCAUUGCCAUCGGCAAACCGACACAGGCACUGUUAGAGUGCCUGCACCUCCGCCCCCAAAUGGAACCUGGGAUUCCGAAUACGGCUCUAAGAGUUACCAUCUCCGUCUGUGUGUAGUGUACGCUAGGUGGUAACCCUGAGCAGGACUGACUUCUAGACUGUGUGUUUUAUCAAAGUGUGUAAGAAUAAAAACUCACUUGCACGAAUUGAAAAGUAAAGAAAUGACCCUUGUGAACGUGUGGACGUUAGCACUGUAGUUGAUAGAUCUUAAGCUGCUAAUUGUUGAGAGAGAAUUGAACUCAUGUCUGUGUGGUCGCGGCUGGUUCUCAGCAGCACUUUUACUGUACAUACGAACUGAAAUAAAGACCUCAGCUCUUA